AUGACAGGACUCUGUAUGCCUGAGACGACUGGCUAUGUUAGUUCUCUAGCUCCCUACAACACGCUAGUGAGUUCGCAGACUUUCCACACAAUUAAAUACCGGCCUUUACUUAUUUUCAGCUUUAUCACCAACCAUCUACAGGACUGUGUACCCGAAGCCAACCACCACCAGCACACUGUUGCUCACACUCCUGCUAUUCGGUAUACCAUGGUGACCUGGGAUAAAGCCAGCAUUGAGAGACUGAUUGCAGCACUGCUCGCUGCACAUCCAGAUCUUAACCCUGACUACCGCACGAUGGCGGUAUACUUCGGUCAGGGAGCAACAUAUGAUGCAAUCCACGGGCAGUUCAGGAGGUUUCGGCAAGAUGCGAAUAAGAUGCGUGGUUCCGCAAGCGGCACAGUCCCGUCAACGCCCAGUCGCCGGAGGAAUGUCGCCUCAUCGACCCCCCGCAGCGGCAGAGGUGCCAUAACCAAGUCAGGAUCCGCUAAAAAACCAAACUACGGCAAUUCUAAUAUUGAUACACCCACCAAGAAGCGGGAAUUGAAAAUGGACAGCAACAAAGAUGAUCCAAUAAUCCUGGACGAUGAUGAGGAGAACGUCACUACGCCACUUGUUAAGCACGAAAUGAGCGAGGUAAAACACGAGAAUCCUGUUAUCAAGGAGGAAGCAAAAGCGGGGGAAGUCAUCUCCAUGGCUGAUAUGUUUUCGGCCGCCGCCUCUGCUGAUAAUGAAGGUCCUCAACACGAGAGUGCCGCGACUGGGAAGUCUACAGCUACUGCCUUUCCUUCUGAAACUCCACACGUGCCAGGCGAAGGCCUUCUCUCCAUGCCUCUACCCCCAAAUCGAGUGUUAUUCUUCAACUACGAUGACGAUGAAGACAUAAUCGUUUGA